UAAACCACCACUCCUCUCUCUCUCUCUCUCUCUCUCUCUCUCUCUCUCUCUCUGAGUGUGUAUCUAUAGGCGGGCAUAUAUAUCUAUACAGGCGGAGAAAAGUGAGACGCAGUCCAUAAAUCCAUCCUCGAGAGCGCUAACCGGACGGAGAAUUUAAAGAUCCAGAAAGUGAUGGCUGGGUUACAGCGGUCUGCGGUGUCGUUUCGGCGGCAGGGUUCAUCAGGGCUUGUUUGGGACGACAAGUUCCUCGCCAGCUUAGUCAACCAGAAAGAGGAAACCCUAACAGACCAAUUACCCGAUUCUCAACUCAAACAAUCAGAAGAACAAUCCAAAGAGCAACCACCGGCGGCGGCGCCGGCAGAGCCAAUGGUUUCGUCGAGAAACGCUGGAUCGAUCCAGAGAAGCCGAUCCAACGGAGGCGGGCGGGGAUUCCGCACCGGGAAGGUGUCUCCGGCGAUAGAGCCGCCGUCCCCUAAGGUUUCGGCGUGUGGACUCUGCGGUCCUUUUGCCAAACAGGAGAAAGGUCGCCGUCGAUCCAAGAUUCCCGGCGGGAAGCGGAAGGUGCGAUAAAUUCGUGGGUUUUCCGGUGAGGUCAUGGGGAUCGGUGAAACAUGAAAUUCGGUGGUUAUUAAGUACAUUCAAGGUCGAUAAAAACGAGGUGUCAGAGAUUUGGAGCAAAAAGACAAAGUUUAAAAUAAAAUUUACAUCUUUGUUGCCUUUCUUUUUCUUGUCAUCUUUUUCUUUUUUGUUUAUUAUUAUUAUUAUUAUUAUUAUUAUUAUUAUUAUAAUGUUAGAUUUUAGAAUUUAGUUGUUGUGUAUAUGAUGUUUUCUCCCCCGCACAAGUUGUAAGCCUAUAACAAUUUUCAAUGUACAAACCAAAUCUAAGAUUCAAAGCUAA